AUGACGACCCGUGCGUCAAAGCGGAGGAAGGUCAAGGACACCAACGGCACAUCCAACGGGCUCCCAGAGCAGAAGGACCGAGUCUUCCCCAACGAUGCUUCCGUCGCAGCUACCACCGAGGACAAAUGCAAAUGGCAGGGAUUCUGUGAGAUCGAAAACGACCCUGCUUUCUUCAAUGUCAUGAUUCAGGAAUUUGGCGUCGAGGGUGUCAAGGUCCAGGAGGUCUUUGGUCUGGAUGAAGCUCUGCUGGCUAUGCUCCCAAAGCCCGUACACGGUCUCAUAUUCCUCUUUCGCUACGUCGAGGACGACUUCAUCCAGCAGGAAAGCACUUGCCCGGAUCAUGUGUGGUUCGCAAACCAGACUACCGGCAACGCCUGCGCCACUGUUGCUUUGCUCAAUAUCAUCAUGAACAUUCCCCGUGUCGAGCUUGGAGACAACCUGCGGAGCUUCAAGGAAUUUACCGAAACUUUCACACCAGCCGCCCGUGGAGACCAGAUUGUGCACUACGACUUCGUGAAGAGCAUUCACAACUCGUUCGCCAGGAAAAUCGACAUGAUGAACAUUGACCUCCAGAUGCAGCACGACGCAACGAAUAAGUCGAAGUCGGCAUCGUCCAACAAGAAAUCCAAGAACGCAGAUGCCGCAUUCCAUUUCAUCGCCUUCAUGCCGAUUGCUGGAGAAGUAUGGAAGCUUGAUGGGCUUGACCGGCAACCUCAGAAGCUGGAAAAGGUGGAAGGCGUUGAUUGGCUGGAAGUCAUCGCACCCAACCUUGAGGCGCGCAUGGCUCAGUAUGAAGAAGGUCAGAUCGAGUUCGGUCUCCUUGCGCUCGUGCGGGAUCCUCUUAUGGACCAUCGUCAAUCUCUGGCCCAAAACAUCAAGUUGAUCUGCGCAUACGAAGACCGCCUUUCCCAGAUCAACCCAGAGUGGAGGGCUUUUGCGGUAACUGAAGAUGGUGACGGUGAUUCCGUCAUCACGGGUCCUUCCUCCGAGCACUCGAUCACCAUUGCAGACAUCCUUCAGGCCAAGAUUCCCGAAGCGACUGAAAAAAAGAUUAAUGCGGACGACGACACCACUACAUUGAUUGACUUACGGCAGAGAGCCGUCACCGACCAGGCUGGCUUGAGAGCUGCGAUCAGGGACGAAGAAACCACUGCCGCUGCGGACAGGCAGAAAGCAGAAAGCCGGAGACACGAUUAUGGUCCCGUGAUCCAGACGUGGUUGAGAAUGCUCGCGGAGGAAGGCGUGCUGAAGGACUUGAUACAGGAAGUGGGCUAG